AAAAGCAAGCACAGUCUAUGUCAAGUAGUUCAGAGUCUCCUCGUAUCACUUCGUAUAAAUCAUGCGUUUCCCCUUCCUCCUCCUCGUCACUGCUUUGGUAGCGUGUAUGUCUGUCACUGCAUGCCACCACGGAGGCAAAAAAUGCAAGAAGGACAGUCAAUGCUGCACUGGCUUGAGUUGUCGUUGGGACGGUGACGCGAAAGGUCACAAAACCUGCCAGGAGUAGACUGCUUACCGAUGGGCUGGUACCCUGUCCAUGAGCACGUCUAGACAUUUGUUGCUGACUCGGUCAACGUGGUUGUUCCUGGAGUCUGGACAAAUGUUCCCGUUUCAUGAGCAACAGAGGCGCCUUUGUAUUCGU